GGGAAUCUCUAUUCCUCUGCUGUUACCAACUGUAGUUCAGAGGUUUGCUGUAAGGAUGGCAUCUGCAUACACUGCAGGGUUUCACUCCAUUGCCUAUGUCACAGCACCUAGUGAAGAGGUUGCCAAAACAAUAGCCAGAGGCCUACUUGGGAAAAAGCUUGCAGCUUGCAUCAACAUUAUUCCAAAGAUUACGUCGCUAUAUGAAUGGAAUGGAACAGUCAAUGAAGAUUCAGAAGUACUGAUGGUAAUCAAAAGCAGAAGCUCCAGACUUGACGAUCUUACAAAGUUUGUACGG